AAAACCUCGACUAGAGAUUGGAUAUAUUACACCCACAGUUGGCCAAUCGGGCUGCGUUUUUCAUGGGAGUGCAAACACGGAGCGAAUAGCAAGCCUCAGACAUCCUCAGAGCCCGCCCACAGAUAAUACAUCUCUGUGAGGCAGAAAGCAGGAUGCCGUCUUCUCCUGGCCACUGUCCUACCUGCUGAGUUGGGCAAAUCAAGUACAUAGUAACAUUUCCAUAAUGGCGACAACAGCAUUAAGAUCUGUAUUAAAGGCAAAGCUCCCAUUCAAAGUUGGCCGCAUGUGCUACUCUUCCUCAGUGCCCACCACCAAGCUGUUCAUUGAUGGGAAGUUUGUUGAAUCCAAAACGUCAGAAUGGCUGGAUAUUCACAAUCCAGCUACCAACGAGGUGAUCGCCUGUGUACCCAAAGCCACCCAGGAGGAGAUGUUGGCUGCCGUGGACUCGUGCUCCAGAGCCUUUCACUCCUGGUCUAAGACCUCCAUCUUGACUCGGCAGCAGGUCUUUCUGCGCUAUCAGCAGCUUAUCAAGGACAACAUUAAAGAACUUGCCAAGGCCAUCACAGUGGAACAGGGCAAGACCCUUGCAGAUGCAGAGGGGGAUGUGUUCAGAGGGUUGCAGGUUGUGGAGCACGCCUGCAGCAUCACCUCUCUGAUGCUCGGUGAAACCCUGCCCUCCAUCACCAAGGACAUGGACACCUACACCUACCGCCUGCCCAUUGGGGUGUGUGCCGGCAUCGCACCCUUCAACUUCCCUGCCAUGAUCCCUUUGUGGAUGUUCCCCAUGGGCAUGGUGUGCGGCAACACCUACCUGCUGAAGCCUUCAGAGCGUGUGCCAGCCUGCGCAAUGCUGCUAGCCAGGAUGCUGCAGGAUGCCGGUGCUCCAGACGGGACGCUCAACAUCAUCCACGGCCAACACGCUGCUGUGAAUUUCAUCUGUGACCAUCCGGCUAUCAAGGCAAUCAGCUUUGUUGGCUCAAAUCAAGCUGGGGAGUACAUUUACGAGAGGGGCUCUAAACAUGGCAAGAGGGUCCAGUCGAACAUGGGAGCCAAGAACCAUGGUGUGGUGAUGCCUGAUGCCAACAAGGAGAACACUCUGAACCAGCUUGUGGGUGCAGCGUUCGGGGCAGCAGGACAGCGCUGCAUGGCUCUGUCCGCAGCCAUCCUGGUGGGCGAGGCACGGAGCUGGCUGCCGGAGCUGGUGGAGCGCUCCAAGGCUCUGCGCGUGAACGCAGGAGACCAGCCUGGUGCAGACGUGGGCCCUCUGAUCUCUCCGCAGGCCAAGGAAAGAGUCUGCAGUCUGAUCCAGAGUGGUGUGGAUGAGGGCGCUACUGUGCUCCUGGAUGGCCGAAACGUCAAGGUCAAGGGUUACGAGAAAGGCAACUUCGUGGGUCCCACCAUCAUCAGCAAUGUCACACCUGAGAUGAAGUGCUACACUGAAGAGAUCUUCGGGCCUGUGUUGGUUGUUCUCGAGGCAGACACUCUGGAUGAUGCCAUCAAUUUGGUCAACAGGAACCUCUAUGGCAACGGUACAGCUAUCUUCACCACAAAUGGCGCCACUGCACGCAAAUACACUCACGAGGUGGACGUGGGCCAGGUUGGAGUCAAUGUUCCCAUCCCUGUUCCACUGCCUAUGUUCUCCUUUACUGGAUCAAGAGGAUCCUUCCGAGGGGACAUGAACUUCUACGGAAAACAAGGCAUCCAGUUCUACACACAGAUCAAAACUGUAACCUCACAAUGGAAAGCUGAAGAUGCCACCUUGAAAAGUCCUGCAGUUACCAUGCCGACCAUGGGACGCUAAAUACUCCCAAGUGCUGCUGUUUAGUCCGAUAAGCCAGAAGACCUAGAAACCCCUACUACAUACAGGACACUUAUGUUCAAUGUGAAUAGUUCAUUAAUACAAGUUAUUAAAUAUCACUCUCCUUUUAAAGACUUUAUAUUAGAUGUGUAUUUAUAGAUACUUUGUAAAUGUGAACCACUGCGUCCAAGAUUUUAUCAAUGCAAAAGAUCUGUACAACUGAGGCAAUAUUAUUGCAUCAAUGUCAUUUCCUCAAAUACAACACCAGUUUAUUGAAA